AGCGGAUAUAGUAAUGAGCGAUACGGCCGUUCAAAAAUCAAUAAAAGACUACAAAUACACUACUCAGUACACAUUAUGUUGUCUGAGAAUAACAAGGUUUUUGUACACUGAGAAUAACAUAGUUCAUAAUUGAGGUUGAGGAAGAGAAUAAAAAGGUCGGAGCUUGAGUGAGAGAGAGAUUGGUAGGGUUUAUAUAAAGAAGGUUGGCGAUGUUUGAUUUUUCCUCUCUCUGAGAAAGAGAGAAAGAGAGAGAGAGAGAGAUUCACAUUUGUAAGUGUGAUGGAAGAACAUCUAAGCCCAUUAGCUGUGACUCAUCUUCUUCAACAUACGCUGAGAAGUUUGUGCAUCCAUGAAAACUCUCGGUGGGUUUAUGCAGUGUUUUGGAGGAUACUGCCAAGAAAUUACCCUCCACCCAACAGAUGGGAUGGUCAAGCUGCUUAUGACAGAUCAAGAGGGAACAGAAGAAACUGGAUACUUGCCUGGGAAGAUGGUUUCUGCAACUUUGCCGCGUCGUCGGCUUCUGAGCUCAACUCCGGCGGCGGCGAUUUCCCCAGUUCAUCUUCAGCCUAUAUUGGCAAUUGUGAGUUCCAACGCUGUCAGGGACUUCAACCAGAGCUCUUUUUUAAGAUGUCUCAUGAGAUCUACAACUAUGGAGAAGGUUUAAUCGGAAAAGUCGCGGCAGACCAUAGUCAUAAGUGGAUUAUCAAAGAACCAAAUGAUCAAACAAUAAACUUCUUGACGUCGUCAUGGCACCAUUCAGCUGCAGACACACAACCAAGAACUUGGGAAGCACAGUUUCAAUCCGGCAUAAAGACCAUAGCUCUUAUAGCGGUUCGAGAAGGAGUCGUUCAAUUAGGAGCUAUUCACAAGGUGGUUGAAGAUUUGAGCUAUGUGGUGUUUUUAAGAAAGAAAUUCAACUAUAUAGAGAGCAUUCCGGGUGUGCUUUUGCCACACCCGUCAUCGUCAUCGUCAUCGUCACUAUACCCUUUCAAGGUUGAUGGGUUUGGCAGCUCAGAUAUAUGGCAAUUCUCUGGAGGAGUAGGAAACCCACCUGAGUUGUACGACCACUUGAACCAUCAAUUCAGAAUAACUCCCUCCAUGAGCAGCCUUGAAGCUCUCCUCUCAAAGCUACCUUCGGUGGUGCCGCCCAGCUCACAGUCACCAUCACAGUUUCUGCCACCCCAGGCUCAGAGGCCAUUAGAAUUCAUAUCCAUGGAAAAGGUGGCUAAGGAAGAGAUUGACGGGCCUGAUCAGCAUGAGACCAGCAGUGCCAUGUCGUUAUCAAAAGGCACGCCGCAACACAACCAAGAAUGAAGAAUUUUAGCUAGGGGAACAAGGAAUAACUAGUCUACCUUGCUCCCUCCUCGGAUUAUAUGCAUAAAGGUUAAUUAAGUUAAAUCCAUAGCUGGUACUCAUCCAUCAAACAGUGCCAGUGCGGACAUGUUUGUAUUUCCAUUUAGAUCAUUGACAUUAGGAAAACAGACCUGGCCACCAUUUUAACUAGUCAUGAUAAUUGCGGUAUGACCAAUACCAUGCCCCCAUGUGCAGCUCUGAAAAGAGAGUUAAAAGAGGACAGAGGAGGAAAGGUUGCAAUCUCCAUUCAAGCAUAUACAAGAAAUUAUAAUGAAAGGACUUGUUAGUCUCCAUUCAUUGAUUAGCACAGCCUCUUACGUUUGAAAGGAAAAAAUAAGACUAUUGAACAUUUUCACACACAAAUAAAUAUGCAUGGUUUUGGUUUGUG